AUGACUUCAAUCCCAAAUGGCUUAAAUUCUUAUGUUGACGAUACUGUGAACAUUUGUGGUUUUACUCCCAUCGAAAUGAGUUCCAACCUUAGGAAUCAUGAGUCUAAGAUGGUUCACUCAAUGUUCAAUACUUCUGACCACACGAAUCAUCAUGGUUUGUUUUCUUCCUCUCGUGUGUUUAAUUUUUAUCAAGAUUCACAUGUUUCUUCAUCUUCUUUUGGUUUCAACAAUUCACAUAUGGCUUAUCAUAUGAGAAAAAACAUGGUUUCCACUUUUGGGAUGCCUUGCAUAACUCAAAACUCAAAUAACCCUCAUCUUUCUCAAAUCUCUAUUACUCAAACUAUCACAAAUAGCUAUUCUGCUAUUGUUCCUACCUAUAAUCUUAUUACUUCCCAAAAUGAAUAUCAACGUGCCAAAGAACCCAACAUCUUCAAUCCUCCUUUUUACCCUCCAAAUUUUGUUGACAAAAAUGUUGGAAACCAAUGCCAGAUCUUGAAUCCUACACCCCUCAAUACCAUUUUUCCACAUCAAGCUUCCAUAUUUCCUAGGAAUGUAGACAAAUUUUCUUUUUCACCAAAACAGAACCCUCACCAAUAUGUUUCGUAUCGCCAACCCCUGAAAAGACAUUGUAGACCAACCAAAAAAUUUGAAAAUACUUUUAGUGAUUUUGAUUCUGGAAAAGAUAUUGAAUACGAUGGUCGGACGCAUAGCUUACCAUAUGAGAAAUACGGUCCAUAUACAUGUCCCAAAUGUAACAGUGUGUUUGACACUUCACAAAAGUUUGCUGCACAUAUAUCAUCGAUGCACUACAAAAAUGAGUCCAUAGAAGAGAAAUUUAAGAGAUAUAAUGCAAGGAACAAAAAGAGAUUACGUAAAAGAAACCAAAUGAUCCAUGAAGAAUCUAACAAUAUCCAACCAGAAGAGAUAGUUGCAGAGGAAAGCGGAGGCGAUAACAACAUAGCAAGUAGCAAGUGA